UAUGGGUAAAUCAAUGUCUUGGAUUUCAGCAGUUAUUGCAUCUGCAUUUUGUUGGGCAACUGCAGACACUGCUUUCGAUGUCAUUUUGGAUAGUUAAGAAUCAGAUUUGCCAUAAAAGAAAUAGUAAUUACCAUAAAAUAUUCAUCUUACUCAUUCCUAAACAAUGUUAUUAUGUGCUUUAACUACUUAUAUUAUUGUAAUAAAAUAAUACUGAUAUUUAGAUAUUUGUAUACUUUAUUUAUAUAGAAUUGAUUGGUCCUUAGUAUUCUGAAUUAAUAGGUAAUUAUUCAAUUUUUGGAUCCAUUUAAUCAUUACCACUUUUGAUUAUAAGUGGAAUAUUCUCCUAUUAUCAUUAUCAUUUUAUCAUCAGAGCAUUUGAAAAUUCAUCUAGUACAGUCAUAUUACCAUUUUUAUAAGUAUUUAUAUAGUUUUAAUUAGUUUUCUUCAAUUUUUGCAUUUCUAUUUUCUAUUCUACAAAAUUAUUUGUCUAAUAGGCCUUAUUUAUCUAGUUAUUUGCAUUUAUUAGCUUAUUUUCUGAUACUUCUUGGAGGUUUAGCUCCAGCAACUGAUGGACAUUUGAUUAAGAUAUUUUAAUAUUAAUUUUGGUCUUAACCAUUUGUUAAAUUUGCUAUCAUUUCAGAUAUGUCACAUGCUAUAUACACAAAUAUAAUAAGUUAUGUUGGUAAAGGAGAAAAUGAAGGAUAAGAAUAUAAUAUAUAUGGAAAUAUGGAAUUUUUCAUUCUAACACGUAUUAUGUUUGUUAUCAUAUAAACUGCUAAAUUGAAUUUCAAUAGAUAAAUGUAAUUAGAAAUGAUAUAAUUAUUUAACAAACCCAAAAAUUUAAUUAUAGGUACUAUUAUAGGUGAGAUUAUGACAUUAUUUGGUUAUUUCAGUUCUGUUUAUGCUUAUUAAACAUAUUAUUAAGUAAAUAAUUAAAGUAACAUUUUAGGCUGGUGUUGUUAGUGCUAGUGAAUCUUCAUUGAAUUUAAUUAUAAAUUUAUUCUUAGCAUAUUUACUUAAGAAAUACUUGAAUAUUGGGAAAUAGGCAUCAUUACAUAAUUUAGGAUUGAAGAUUGUAUCAUGUGUAACAAUAAGCAUUGGAUUAACAAUUGCUACAAUAUGA